UCUGAUUGGCUGUGAUUUGUGAUUGAUCAUGUCGCGUCUACAGCUGUUUCAGGUUGACUGUAGACAGACAAAUUGCUUUUCGUUGUAACCCUGUCGCGUCGCACCUGGUUAGGACAAGGAUUUAGAAUUAGAUGUCAGAAAAUACCGUUAGUUCAAUAUAAAAAAACAAUAAAAGUCAAUGGAAAGUCUUCACUGUAGAGAAACAAACGUCUGUGUCUUUGUCAAAUAGAAACAAAGAGAGCAAGAUGGAGAGAGGGAAUCAUAUUUCAUAUUCAAUUUCAAAUCCACGCCUUCUGCCACUAUAUACCAAUUUUAACUGAACGCAUAACAUUCAUAUGCGAGUUUAUGCACCUUGCAGGCAAAGUUUCAAGGGAACUGCCACCCACCAGAUCUCCGAGGAGUAACGACAGGAGUAGAAGAGAAGAAAGCACGUUCACGUUUGCCUCAUCUCUACACUACUUGAGUGGAAGAAGCUGGUGGACGUGAUGUUUAAUGCAGACAACUGCUCGCUAACCUGCACGGCCGGUUAGAAUGGUCCGGCUUUGUCGAGGAGACGGAGGAACAGCACAUGCGUUGCCCUGCGUGAGGAAGAAGAACCGAUUUCUAUUGCGCUUAUAGUUCAACGCAUCUGUACAACCGCACAUAUCGCUCCAGUCAUGUCUUUUGAAUUCCGAAUACUGAUGUUUGGAAUCGGGACAGCCCUGGUUAUAUUUGUGAUUAUAGCUGAUAUAUCGGAAGUGGAGGAAGAAAUCGCGAACAUUGAGGAUUCACAGAAGUUUCACUUAAAAAGCUUCGUCCUUCAGUCCAGCAGAAAUUCAGUCCUGAAUGCUGUUCCUACUUCACUAGUCGCCUAUAGAAAGAGCAAAGUCUCUGCUUCUCCAAUUCCACUGCCAGGCAUAAAGAGAAAAACCAGCAAUUCAUCCUCACCAGAAUGGACUUUCAACAGAACCUUGUCUAACCUCAUCAGGAAAAACAUUUUGAGGUUCCUGGAUGCUGAGAGGGACAUCUCAAUUCUUAAGAGCACCUUUAAACCCGGCGAUGUAAUUCAUUAUAUAUUUGACCGGCAGAGCACCACAAACAUCUCGGAGAACCUGUACAACCUUUUGCCGACUGUGUCUCCCAUGAAGAACCGGCAUUACAAACAAUGUGCCAUCGUAGGGAACUCUGGGAUACUGCUGAAUAGCAGCUGUGGCAGAGAGAUCGAUUCACAUGACUUUGUCAUCAGGUGUAACCUGGCUCCAGUGGAGGAGUAUGCGACUGAUGUGGGCCUGCGCACCAGUCUGGUGACUAUGAACCCUUCUGUGGUGCAGCGUGCUUUUCAGGACCUGAACAGUGAGGAGUGGGUACAGCGCUUCGUCCACAGGCUGCAGAGCCUCAGCGGGAGUGUGCUGUGGAUCCCUGCCUUCAUGGCUAAAGGAGGAGAGGAGCGAGUGGAGUGGGCCAUCCGCCUAAUUCUUCUGCAUACCGUGAACGUCCGCACCGCCUUCCCCUCCCUGCGUCUGCUCCAUGCUGUCAGAGGAUACUGGUUGACCAAUCAGGUCCAGAUCAAAAGACCCACCACGGGACUCCUGAUGUACACCAUGGCCACACGCUUUUGUGAUGAGAUCCACUUGUACGGCUUCUGGCCUUUCGCUCAUGAUCCUGACGGCAAACCGGUCAAGUACCACUACUACGACACGCUAACUUACCACUACACAUCCAGUGCCAGUCCACACACCAUGCCUUUGGAAUUUCGAACUUUAAGUGCUCUUCAUAGACAGGGGGCUCUGCGGCUGCACACGGGACCCUGUAAACUUCCAACAUGAGCAUUUGCAGCCUCGUUCCAAAUGGUUUCAUACACUGGACCGCAGACAUUGAUUACCUGAAUACUUCAGGUACAUUUCUGACCAAAUGUGGGAAUGCAAUAUGAACGGGGGAUAUUGUUUCUUUCUUUUAAAGUGUUCAACCUUAAGAAGGUUUUUAAUCUCUAAUAUUUUUUUUAAUAUAUAUUUAGAAGUCCCUUGCCAUUGUUUUAUCCCAUGUUUUUAAACAUGAAAAAUAACUUUUUUUUUCUUUUUUUUUCAAGAUUUUAUGCCAUAUUUGGCCACAAGGUGGAAGCAUAUGAGAGAAUAAAAUGAGAGGCUCUUUUUGUCUUUAGCCUUUAAGCUUUUUGGGACAAUUUGUGUGUAUAUAUAUAUAUAUA